GAGGAAGAGAAAAGGAAGAAGACGGUGAGGUCUACCCGUGCCCCGCGGCAACCAGCUUGUGCAAACGACGCAGCCCCAAUGGCGGGCCGGCCCGAGGAGCAGCAGCUCUGGGCCGACAGCGCCCGGUUCCUCGACGAGACGGGCGCGGCCAUGGCCGAGAUCGAGGAGCGCUUCCGCACCGAGAGCGUCGCCCAGGCGUGCCGCCAGAGCGACCUGGAGGACGAGCUGCGCGCGGCGCGCGCGCGGCUGCAGGAGGCGCCCAGGGCGCUGAGCGACGCGCGCCAGGCGGUCGAGGCGGCAAGAGUGGCCUGGUCCGCGCGCGCCGCUGCCUUGGCCUCCGGCCUGCGCGGCGUCGCAA